AUGGACUUUGCACUUGCCUAUCAGCACUGGACUUUGGAGGACUGGAAGGGUAUGGUAUGGUCUGAUGAGACUAAAAUCAAUCACCUGGGCUCAGAUAGAAGAAAAUGGGGGUGGAAAAAGCCAGGAGAAGGGCUCAGUGACAGGUUGGUAGAGGGAACUCUUAAGUUUGGAGAGGGAAACUUGAUGAUGUGGAGUUGUAUGGGCUGGGAUGGAGUGGGAAAUGUAUGCAAGAUUGAGGGAAAGAUGGAUGCUGAUCUCUAUGUGAGCAUUUUGGAUGAUGAACUUCUGGAAAGUGUGGAGUAUUGGGGGAUUUCUGUAGAGGAUCUGGUAUUUCAGCAGGACAAUGACCCCAAGUGCACCAGCAAGAAGGCCAAGAAGUGGCUAGAAGACAACGGAGUUAGUACUAUAGUAUGGCCUCCACAGUCUCCAGACAUAAACCCCAUUAACUAUCUCCAGAGUUAUCUUAAAAGGAGGUUGGGAGAAUAUGAGGAGCCACCUAGGGGAAUUGGAGAAUUGUUGGAAAGAGUGGUAGAAGGAGUGAGAGCAAAUUCCUGCCUCUGUCUGUCAGGACUUAAUCAGGAGUAUGCUUAG